AUGUCGAAGGCUGUACCCUUGGGCCAAUUAAAACGAAUUAAUAGCAGGUACAAUAUUUUUACAAGUAUUCGACUACCACUCCAAAAUUUGUCUUCGGACCAUAGCACAAAGUUGAGGGCAUCAAUAAAGGACAAUUUCUGUACUACGAAAGAGCCAACAACAUGUUCAUCAAGAAUUUUGGAUGGAUAUAUCUCACCUUUUGAUUCGACGGUUGCUAAUAUUUUAGAGAAUAGUGGUUCUACUACCAUAAUUGGGAAAACGAACCUUGAUGAAUUUGGCAUGGGAAAUUCGACUCUUAACUCGCAUUUUGGGCCUACAUUGAAUCCUUUAUAUCCUCAAAAGCAUGAUAUAGUGUGCGGUUACACUGAAAAUGCUUUUUGGACCUUGAAAAGCAAUAAUUCUAUUAAUGCUGAAAUUCUUCAUGAAAAGCCAAAGGAUCCAUCACGCUACCUAGAGCACCGCUAUUUAAGGCCGAAACACAGAACAGAUUAUAAAAUUGAUCCAAAAAUGAGAAUUGUUGGUGGAUCAUCUGGUGGGGCUGCAGCAUCUGUUGCAUCUAAUUUGGUAGAUUUUGCAAUCGGAUCGGAUACUGGAGGAUCCAUUCGUCUCCCUGCUUGUUAUACAUCCACAUUCGGAUAUAAACCAUCAUAUGGACGAAUAUCUAGAUGGGGCUUGGUUCCAUAUGCCCAGAGCUUAGAUACAGUUGGCAUAAUCUCAAAACGAAUUGAGUUAAUUAGCCAAAUAUUUAAACAGUUGGAUGUUCAUGAUAAAAAUGAUCCAACAUCGCUUGCUAGUAAUAAAAGAAUUGGCGAUAAAGAUAGAUGGGAAAAAGAUGGUGAGAAGUUUAAGGUUGGUAUACCAAUUGAGUUUUUACUCAGUGAUAUGCGCCCAGGUAUAAGAAAGGUGUGGAGCCGUUUCUUGGGACUGUUGAGAAACUGCAAACUAAUUGAUAUUUAUCCGAUUUCAAUUCCCUCAAUAAAAAUUGCACUUCCGGCAUAUUAUACUCUAGUUACUGCAGAGGCAUCUUCAAAUUUAUCUCGGUUUGAUGGAAUUAGAUAUGGUUAUAGAUCAGAUAAAUUUAGUGAUACCGUUCCUGAGUUUACCGAAACUAGAUACAGAGGAUUUGGUAAGGAGGUCCGAAGAAGAAUUAUUUUAGGAACGUUUUCCCUUUCAUCUUAUGGAUACGACAGUCAUUUUAUGAAGGCUACGAAGCUCAGAUCAAGAUUGGUUAAUGAGUUUAAUUCUGUGUUCAAAGACAGGCAUGUACUUUUUCCAAAUGACAAUAUUAAUGCCGAGGGGGUGGAUUUCAUCAUAUGCCCUACAUCUGUUUCUAUUCCUCCACUUGUGUGCAAUUAUUCUAAAAUGAGGGUUGUUGAUUCAUACCUUAAUGAUGUUUUAACUAUUCCUGCAUCUCUAGCCGGAAUCCCAACUUUAAAUAUUCCAUUUGGCGGAGAAUCUAGAGGAUUUCAAAUCAUGGCACAGUAUGGAUACGAUUACAAAGUCCUUUACUUCGCCAAAAAAGUGCUAGAAAACUUAUAG